UUAACUGUGAGAUUUUUCCCCGUUACAAUUACAGCAAAGUUUAGCUGUAGAGGAAGAGACAGUUGGAAUCCAGUGCUACAGUACAUCAAUUUUUGACGAUGACUCAAUUUGUCCGGCGUAUUCUCCAGAUGUUGCCUCUCUUUGCCUUUCUGUUUGAGGAGGUACACCCAUUAAUAUGUUCAUCUAACCGAAACUGUACCUGUUAUUACGAUUCCGAAAUUCUAUUUGCAAACUGUUCAAAUCUGCAUUUGCAACAGGCACCAGUUUUCAACGACGACGUCUUCGGAAUCAUUCUCGCCAACAACAGGAUCAAAAGGUUUCCGACCCAACUUCCACAAAACACCAUUUAUCUCGACCUUUCAAAUAAUUCAUUGAGAAACAUUGAACAAGCGGUAUUGGCAAAAUUAAAAAACUUACGUAAUUUAAGCCUCUCGCGCAAUUUUCUCCAGUCAAUUGAAUUAGGUUCAUUUGUUAACUCUAGAAGUCUGGUUCAUCUAGAUAUAUCUCACAAUCAGGAACUGACUCUUGAAGUAUUGGUCAACAUAUCACGUGACUUUCGAUAUUCCACGUCAAUCCGUGUUUUAAACUUCGAAAGUCUACAGUGUACUUACGGAGUAAGUUUUAUUAUUCGGAAAUACCAUAUUGCAGAUUUAAAAAGCACUCAACUGGAAAAACUGAACUUAGCUUCCAACCGUAUAAAUAGUUUGGAGCUCGGAGUUUUAUCGACAUUACCAAAAUCAAUUAAACACCUUAAUUUGGCAAAUAAUGAUCUGAGUUUUGGAUAUUAUCUCGCAGAAUUUGGAAAUCUACAAAACAUAGUCAGUUUGAAUAUAAGUUUUCAGUCUUCUUUUCACCAAAUAUGGACAGAGAAUUUUUUAAUUAGGUGCAAUGAUACAAGGCGCAGAUCUGUUUGUAGAUCUGAGAGAUCAACUGAUCAGGAUGACGGUCAAAAACAAAUAAAAUGGAACAACUUCUCUUUAAAGCGGCGAAUGAACAUCAGUAUAUAUUUACCACCGAGAAUAGAAAAACUUUAUCUGCACGACAACUUGUAUAAGAUGACUCUUCAAGAUUAUUCGUUUACUUCACUUGGACCACCAUCUUUGACACAUGUGUAUUUACAAAAUAAUAUUAUCUACCAAUUGAAUGGCCCCAUCACAGGUCUGACCAGCAUCUAUUAUAUGGACAUGUCAAACAAUUUCUGUGGCUUUAUUUCUAGUUGUUUCUUUGACGACUUUAAAAACAUGUCGUAUCUCGAUCUAUCCCAAAAUGCAUUAGGAGAAGUUCUGGAAAAUGAUGUUGAUGGUCAAGUUUUCAAAAACCUUCUAAAGUUGUCAACCUUAAACUUAGCAAAAAACCGAAUUGUUCGACUUCCGACGGCCAUCUUCCGCAAUCUCAAUCAACUGGAGAUAUUGAACCUCAGCUACAACUCCCUCAGUAACUUUUCUGUACCACUAGGAAAAAUGAAACGGCUUAAGCGACUUGACCUCUCAAAUAAUCAGUUGACGUUCUUGGAUGAACAAACACGAACCGCAAUCGAUUCUCUGUCCCGAAAGAAAACAGUACAAAUCAAUAUGGAAGGAAAUAGAUUAAUGUGUGAUUGUGAACGAUUUGAGUUCCUAAAGUGGAUGAGCCAAUCAAAAAACAUAAAGUUUAAACAUUUUGAUGAUUACUCCUGUGAUUAUAUCAACUCUAGAUUCAAUUUUUCGAACAUUGACCAUUUACUUCAAGUCAUGGAGAAGCAAUGUGCUUCAUACAUAAUCACUAUAGUGACAAUGACGUCAUCAAUUAUUAUUGUUCUGACCAUCACAUUAAGUCGCAUUGUGCACAGGUACAGAUGGAAACUGAGGUACAUGUAUUACAUAGCGAGGGAAAAAUACCAAGAUAAUGUAAAGAAGCCAAGCGGCACGGAUGGCGGUUCUUUUCAUUUUGAUGCAUUUGUUUCCUACUCCGAGAGCGACAAUCAGUUUACAUUUGAUCUUGUAAAGCGGCUGGAAGAAGAUCAUAAUCUGAAACUGUGUAUACACAAUCGUGACUUUAUUCCUGGGACAGGUAUUGCUGAUAACAUCACUAACGCCAUUCAUAAUAGCAGACGAACUGUGGCUAUUAUGACGUCAGACUUCUUGGAUUCCUAUUGGUGCAUGUUUGAGCUAAACAUGGCACGCAUGGAGGCCAUUUAUUCACGAAACGGCGAAAAUGUUCUCAUUCUUCUAAUUUUAGAAAAAGCUGCUGUAACAAAACUUCCACUUUCUAUUAUGGAUUUUAUUGAAAGCAGGACUUACCUAGAAUAUCCAAAGAACGCGGGGGAUGGUGAACUGUUCGCUUUUCGAUCAAAACUUUCUGCAACAUUGAAGUCCCAUGAAUGCGAUUUCAAUACCAUAUCUUCCAAUGCAGCUGUAUAAGAUUUAAAAAAAAAAAUGUUGUCUGAAGGUUGCAAAUGCUUUCUUUAUAAAAUAUUGUUGCUCAUACUAUGGUAAAGUUUUUAAGUAUGGAGUACGUUGUGUUUAUUUGUUUAAUUUUUAUCUUAUAUUUCUACUGAGCUGAUAACAUUUCAA